AUGUCCGAAAACAAAAUCACAUUCUUCGAUAUCCCCAGCAAAUCGCCUCAGGUUUGCUGGUCGAUGAAUACCUGGAGAACGAGAUUGCUUCUCAAUUAUAAAGGCCUUGAUUACAAAACAGAAUGGCUCGAGUAUCCUGAGAUCAAGGAACGCCUGAGCAAGCACGUAUCCCCAAAUGAACGAGGCGCACCCUUCACAUGCCCAGCCGUUCAAAUGCCAGACGGCUCAUACAUAAUGGACUCUUACAAAAUCGUCGACGUCAUCGAGGAAAAGUAUCCUGAGCCAAGUGUACACCUAAACAACCCAAUGCAAGACCGCCUCCGCGCAUCAAUGAUCAAAUUCAUGACAGAGAUGGUGCCAAUCUACGUCCCCGGCGUCGCCAAAAACAUCAUCGGCGAAAAGAGCAUCGACUUCUUCCUCGAAACGCGUUUGCAAGACGUAGGAAUGCCUCUCUACGAGUACGGAGAAAAGAACUCCCCAGGUGCAUUUGACAGAGCGGAGCCGUUUGCACGUGAGAUCACAGCCCUGCUCAAUGAGAACGCGUCAGGGCCGUUUUUGCUGGGCGAUGUGGUGAGCUAUGCUGAUUUCAUCUGGGCGGGUAUUCUGCUGUUUUUCCAGUGUCUUGGCGAGGACGAGUACAAGGAGGUGCUGAGAAUAACCGGUGAUGGGGACGUUCAUACUAAAUUUCUGGAUGGGCUGAGACCUUGGACGGAGAAGAAUACCUGA